AUGGCCGCCGACGACGAGAAGACCGCCGCCACGAGCCCGGGGCCCGUCGAGAGGCCUCGGCCCUCGGUCGCCUCGACCGACAAGUCCCACGAGAGCGCGGAGCCCUUUUCCUACGACGAAGACGACCGCUACCUGUACACGACUCAGCAGCAGCAUCAGCGCACCGCCACCGAACACGAUCUCAAUGUCACCGAGGACGACCUGCUCGAGGCCAAGGAGCUCGCCUCGCAGUACACGCUCGACGAGGUCCGCGACAUUAUGAUCCGCGUCCGCCGCGUCCACGAAAAAGACCCCAACUUCCCCCUGGCCGUCAUCCAGAAGAUCAAGGCCUUUCUUGACAACGAGUCCGUCUUCUCCGAGCCCGAGAAGCACCAGCACCUUAUCCAGGAGAUGAAGCUCGAGGCCGCCCUCAUCACCAGCAACAGCCCCUACGCCGAGGUGCGCGCCGUCGUCAGCAACAAGGACGACCCCAAGACGCCCUGCUCCACCUUGCGCAGCUGGGCCAUCGGCCUGCUCUUCUCCGUCCUCCUCGCCUUUGUCAACCAGCUCUUCGAUAUUCGCCAGCCCGCCAUCCGCGUCAUGGCAAACGUCGCACAGCUCCUGGCCUACCCCGUCGGCAAGGCUGCCGAGAAUUGGCUGCCCGACAGGGGCUUCACCCUCUGCGGCGUCCGCCACUCGCUCAACCCCGGCCCCUUCUCCAAAAAGGAGCACAUGCUCAUCACAAUCAUGGCCAACGUCGCCUACAACACCCCCUACACCAACUACAUCAUCUGGGUCCAGUAUCUGCCCCAGUAUUUUGACCAGCCCUACGCCUCACAUUUUGCCUACCAGCUGCUCAUCGCCCUCGCCACAAACUUUAUCGGCUACGGCAUUGCCGGCGUCUGCCGCCGCUUCCUCGUCUACCCCUCGUACUGCGUCUGGCCUGCCUCGCUCGUCACCAUCGCCCUCAACUCGGCCUUUCACACCGACGUGAACCCCCCCGUCGAGGGCCCCUUUCGCAAGAUCUGGCGCAUCUCGAGGAUAAAGUUCUUCUACGUCAUGUUCGCCGCCAUGUUCGUCUGGUUUUGGUUCCCCGGCUACAUCUGGGUCGGCCUGUCCAAGUUCAACUGGAUCAGUUGGAUUGCCCCGGGCCACCGCGAACUCAACGUCGUCACGGGCAUCAACCACGGCUUGGGCGUCAACCCAUUCCCGACCUGGGACUGGAACGUCCUCCUGUGGGACUCGGCCGACCCGCUCAUGGUGCCCUUCUUCAGCACCGUCAACCGCUUCAUCGGCGUCUUUGCCUCGUUUUGGGUCGUGCUUGCCUUCUGGUACAAGAACGUCUACAACACGGGCUUCCUUCCCAUCAACACCAACCGCGUCUACGACCACUUUGCCCAGCUGUACAACAUCACCAGGGCCACCGACGACCACGGCCUCUUCAACCAGGAAAAGUACUCGGCCUACUCGCCCCCGUUCCUCGGUGCCGGCAAUAUCGUCAUAUACAUGUUCUUCUUCGGCAUCUACACGUCGACGCUCACGUACGCCGCCCUCUACCACCGCCACGAGAUCGUCAUGGGCUUCAAGGCCCUCUUCAACAGCCUGCGCCGGAAGACGCCGCUGCGCGAGGAGCGCGUCCUGGACGUGCACAACCGCCUGAUGAAGGCGUACCCUGAGGUUCCAGACUGGUGGUACCUGGCCUGCCUUGCCGUCGCCAUUGCGUUUGGCGUCGCCGCAAUCGCCGGCUGGAACACGCACACGUCUCCUGGCGUCGUCUUCUACGGGCUCGCCCUCUGCGUCGUCUUUGUGAUUCCCGUCGGCAUCAUCAAGGCCAUGACGGGCAUCGAGGUGACCCUCAAUGUGCUCGCCGAGUUUGUCGGCGGCUCCUGGGUCGACGGCAACGCCCUGGCCAUGAACUACUUCAAGUCGUUUGGCUAUGUCACCUGCGCCCACGCCAUCUGGUUCUGCAACGACUUGAAGCUCGCCCACUACGUCAAGGUGCCGCCCCGCCACACCUUUAUCGCCCAGAUGGUCGCCACCUUUGUCAGCACCAUGGUCUGCAUCGGCGUCUUGAACUUUCAAAUGAUGAACAUUGACGACGUCUGCACCCCCGAGGCCCCGUACAGGCUGACGUGUCCCGGCGUCAACACCUUCUUCACGGCGUCGGUCCUGUGGGGCACAGUCGGCCCCGAGAAGAUCUUUGGGCACCAGGGACAGUACAGCGCCACUCUGGUCGGCUUCCCGCUCGGCGUCGUCAUUGUCGUCUUCUUCUGGGCGCUGAGCAAGAAGUUCCCCCAAUGGACGUGGACCCGGCAGAUCCACCCGGUGGCCAUCAUGUACGGCGGCAUAGUGUGGGCGCCGUACAACAUGUCGUACGUCUGGCCAUCGGUGCCCAUUGCCUACUUUUCGUGGAUCUACCUCAAGUCCAGAUUCCUCGGCCUAUGGUCAAAGUACAACUUUGUCCUUUCGGCGGCGUGGUCGUGCGGCAUUGCCAUUGCGGGCAUCAUCAUUUUCUUCAGCCUGCAGUACACCGGAACCGACCUCGACUGGUGGGGGAACCGGGCGUCGGAAAUGGGCUGCGAGGGCAACGCCUGCGCCCUCAAGACGCUCGCCCCGGGAGAGUACUUCGGGCCGCGGAUAGGGGAGUUUAGCUGA